AUGCCCGUCGAGAAUGAUGGAGUAGCCCCCGGUCCGUCCAGGGCGAACAAGGGCAAAGGAAAUGCAACACACACCCGCCAUGCCAGCAUCGAUGAAAACAUGCUUGCGGGAGAACACCCGAGGUCCUCCGGCUCAUCGUUUCCUUCGUCGUCAACGCAGCAGAGACGGCCUCCAGCAAACAGUGCAGGAAGACUUAGCUUUCACGGGGAGAGGAGGUCGUCCGAAACGGUCUUCUCACAGCCGUUUGCCCAAUCCGCCUCUUCUGGAGCCAGCCAUCCGCCCAUCGCUGCAGUGGCGGAAGCAGCAUCCUCAGCAAAUAUCGACAGAGAGGAUGAACCUCCUUUCGAGGAAGACACUGCGAAUGCUCGCGCCAAGGACAGAGCGAGGAAGCACCACAGGCGCCCGAGCACAAAAAGACAUGACAGUCCUUCUCGAUUGUCCAACCCCUUGGACUAUGGAGUGCAGGGUCCUCAAGAUCCACCGAGAGGGCCAGCUUACCAUCAUCCAUUCAAUGGAAGGCCCCCUAUGCCAAAUGAAUCACCCAUGAAUGACGGCGGUCACCCUCGCUUCCCACCCAUUCAGACCGUUCCAGGAAACUUUCCCAACGGAUACGGCUCACCAGAAAGGCCAUUUGCUGUCCCUGAUCCGCCGCCCGUUUUUAUCCCGUCGCCCAUGCAAGCUUCAUUUCCCCCAAUGAGGCCACCGCCGCCUCCGCCGAAUCAUCAGCCCAACGGACCCCCGCUCAGUGGUUAUGAGCUCCUGGCAGCCAAGCUAUCGGGAAACAUGGCCGGCCCAAGACUGGCACCCAUCUACCGGCGGUUCGAAGCUCUUCACCACCGGCUACUCUUGCACAUGCAGGAUGAGAUCAUUGAGAUGGAAGAGCAGCUGCAUAACCUCGACGCCAUGGACACGGAGAACAGAAAGUUUCCGCGAGGCAUAUACCCAGCAUCUCGGCGGCAAGAAAACAUGAACCCAACCGACGCGACCUGGAAGAAGAAGGAAAUCAUAACUCACCUUGCUCAUAAGCUGUAUCAAUACAAUCAAGUCAUGACUUCGUUUAGCGCAACUCACGCCAUGGCGGAACCGAGCAUCAAAGAUGUGUUCGACUACAAGGCCUACCUCCAAGACAUCAACCCUCUCGUAGAGGUCGAAUGCCAGUUUCUAGAUGCCACAGACGACCUCAUCAACCUCGUGCGGCGCAGACGACGCUCUAAUGGGAACGCGCAGGAUGAUCCUCUCAGCCCAAUGCCCCGGUCAUCCAGCGUAGUCGGGUUCCCUCCACCGCCGAGCAGCCAAAUUUCCAAUGCCGGCAGCUCGCUCUACCCAGGCCUAAACACCGCGCCGCCUUCGGUCAAGGGCCUCGCCCUGGCCAUGGCGAUGAUCGUGCUGGCCCCCAUCAUCUGCUUCUCCGUGAUCCCGGGAUUCAUCGGCCGUAUGACGGUCGUCCUUCUGGUGGGUCUUGGGGGAGCUGCUGCGUUGCUUCAGUCCGGACUGUUUGCUCUUGUGGCGGAAGAAAGGAGCACGCUGGACUGGGUUCUCUGCGCGGGGGUUUAUGGGGGAGUCAUGGCUGUGAUUGCCGGUAUCAUUUGA